UGGUGGGGCUACAUUAGCGGGCGAAGAUUCGUGUCGUGUUGGCGCGAAAAACAUCGUGUAUCGGGCAUACACGAUGUUCUUGUGUACAUUUAGCGGCGAAGAUUCAUAUAACGGACUGCGACGAUUAUUCGUUUGUGUGUUGUUUAGCCGUGCGGACGAAAAUAUGGAGGAAGCAGUAGCGUUGCAUUAUAUGUCAGUAAAUUAUUAUUAUUUAUUACACUUGUACGGGUAUCAGGUACAAAGUAAUAUGAAUAAGAGAAGAAGGAGGAGAUGGUGGAUGACUACUAUUCAUAGAAACCGAACGAUAACAGGAAUGGAACGUUUGUUAUCUGAGCUAACCGCAGGGUCCGGUAUAGAAUUCCCUGGAUUUUUACGUAUGUCGACAUCUGACUUUGAAAUACUACUACAAAAGCUCGCACCACUAAUCACCAAAAAAGAUACAAAAUUCAGAAAAGCAAUUCCUGCAAAAGUGCGAUUGGCAAUAACACUACGUUAUCUGGCGACAGGAGAUGAUUUUCGAAGCCUUCAUUAUAUUUUCAAAAUAUCUCAUCAACUCAUUUCCAAAAUAGUACAUGAAGUGUGUGCAAGUAUUUUGAUCGUUUUGAAAGACGAAGUUAUGAUGCCUUCAAACGAAGAAGAAUGGCUACAAAAAGAAACUGAGUUCCAUGAUAUCUUUCCACAUUGUAUUGGAAGCAUUGAUGGAAAACACGUGCAAAUUUUAUCACCCAUUUACAGUGGAACUGAAUUUUAUAAUUAUAAACAUACAUUUAGCAUUGUCCUCAUGGCUUUGGUAGAUAAGAAAUAUCGGUUUCUGUAUGCAGAUGUUGGUUGCCAAGGGCGAAUUAGUGAUGGUGGAGUGUUUAGAAAUACCGCAUUAUUCGAAAGAUUAGAAAGAAAUGCUCUAAAGAUACCAGCUCCUUCGGUGCUUCCCGGUACUGAUUUCAUCAUGCCGUUUGUAUUUGUAGCGGACAACGAGUUCCCGUUACAAACACACAUCAUGAAGCCAUACCCUGGAGAUCAUCCAGAAGGCAGUAUUAAAAGAAAAUUUAACACGCAACUGUCAAAAGCCCGUAUAGUUGUAGAAAAUGUGUUUGGAAUUAUGUCUGCGGUAUUCCGCGUACUUAGGAAGCCGAUUGCACUCCAACCAGAUCGCGCCUCUAAUGUUGUAAUGUCUUGUAUAUUACUACACAACUUCUUAAGAAACAGUUCAUCUUCAAAUAAUAUAUAUAUACCACCAGGUUUUGCGGACACUAUUACAAAUGGACAAGUAGUUCCAGGUACAUGGAGAAAUGAGCAACAAGAAGAAACUGCGUUGCGCCCUUUUCCAGCGGUAGCUAGACGGAGCGGUCUUUUACCUACACAGAUCAGGGACCAGUUCGCUCAAUAUUUUUUCAGUCAAUAAAAAUAGUCUAAGCAACAAAAAAAGCAAAACUCCCAUUUUGUUUGUUUUUACAUUGUUUAUAACUUUUGCACUUUUUAUCAGUGGCUUUUCGAAUUUUUUCUUAAACUUUCUACAUAUUUUUCCGAAUCAAAUGACACCUUCAUCGUAAUUUUCGGAGACUAUACUCAGAUUUCACCCAAAAAGCUACAUGUUGCUUAGACUAAAAGUAUGUUUUUAUUUUUGUGAAGUCACACUGUGGAAUGUGAAUAAAUAUAAGAUAUAAUAAAUAGGCGUGUUUCAUUAUUUACCUGUGUAUCGAUAGUCCGGCGACAAUCAUAUAUUGGC